UACUCCUUAUCCCACCCCCUCCUUAGCAGUGUAAACAAAAGUCUAUAUUAUUAUCCCACCCCCUUGGGCCUUGGCUACUUAGCUUGGCAAAUAUGUCUCAAAUAACAGACAUUAACAAGUCUCCAAAACACUGUGGCAAGAGAGACUUGAGCAUCAUUCAAAAGUUGAGAAUCAAGAACAAGAUCUUCUACACCAUCUUCACAUUGCUCCUCUCUAUCCUCUCCCUCAUAUUCCUUGUGUGGCUCACUCUCCAUCCCACCAAGCCACAAUUCUCCCUCACACAAGCCGAUAUCUAUCAGCUCAACCUCUCCGCGCCUCGCCUCCUCCUCAACUCCUCCAUCCAACUCACCCUCCUCUCCAAGAAUCCCAACACAAAAGUGGGCAUCUACUACGACGAGAUCCAAGUUUAUGCAUCCUACAAGGGGCAACAGAUCACUCUCUAUACUUCUCUCCCGCCUUUCUAUCAAGGCCACGGGGAGGCUAACCUUCUCUCGGCUUACCUGCAGGCUGGGAAUGGCCUCCCCGUGGCUCCUUCUUUUAGCUAUCAAGUCCAGCGUGACCAGAGCGCUGGACAGCUAGUUUUGAUGCUUAAGGUGAAUGGGAAGCUGAGAUGGAAGGUGGGGACUUGGGUUUCGGGGAAAUAUAGGUUUAAUGUAAACUGUGUUGCCAUCUUGCCUUUUGGAGCUUCCAUGCCAUCUGGUCCAUUGAUUUCUAAGCAGGGAACUCAGUGCUCCACUUCAAUUUAAGAUAAUUAAUACUUGCUAUAGCUACCAUGCAUCUUAAUUAUGUUAUUACUAGUUCUUAUAGAGUUAUAGUAUGUAUGUAGUUUAUCAUAUCAUCAGUCUUUCCUAAAUAAUUAAUUUUAUUUCUUGACUCUUAUAUUGUAAAUCAGAUUAUUAUAUAUAUGAAUGGAAUUUCUUAUGGUAUA